ACAGGUCAAUGGGCCGAACCUCUUAGGGACUAGUUCGUUAGAAAUGCUGAGCUAGGGUUUGUCAUCUUUGAGUAUAAAUCGUAAAACGAACUUAAACCCUCUCACUCUUUCCCGAGCCUCCCGCUUCAAAGCUUGGACGAGCCAAAGCAACACAGGUGUGGAGAAUAUGGCCACGGUACCAGGGCAGCUCGUCUGGGAAAUCGUUAAGAGGAACAACUCCUUUUUGGUGAAGGAGUUUGGUAGGGGGACUCAGAGCGUGCAGUUCAGUAAAGAGAGCAACAAUCUUUACAACCUUAACUCUUUCAAGUACUCUGGUUUGGCAAACAAGAAAACUAUUACUAUUCAGCCUGGCGGCAAAGAUCAAUCUGUGCUGCUGGCAACGACCAAGACAAAGAAGCAGAACAAGCCAGCUGCAUUGCUUCAUAGGUCUGUCAUGAAAAAGGAGUUCAGGAGAAUGGCAAAAGCUGUACAGAACCAGGUGGCAGAUAACUACUACAGGCCUGAUCUCAAGAAGGCUGCCCUUGCAAGGUUGAGUGCCGUUCAUAGGAGCCUCAAAGUUGCCAAGUCUGGUGUCAAAAAGAGGAACAGGCAGGCUGUGAAGAUUCCUGCUAGGAAGUGAAUCAAGAAGUUAAUUGCGUCCAAUCCCCAUUUUGCCCCAUGUAGUUUUAUUGCUGUUUCCCAGCAGUCCACUAGAUUUUCUGAGUUCAGUUAUGAUUGGCAAUUUUUUUUUUCAUUCUCGAAUCAGAACUACCAUGUUACAGCAUCUGACUUGAUGGAUUUGUUUGCAUCAUGAUAAAGUUACUGCAAUUUCUUUUUGGCUA